AUGAACCGACUCCAAAACUUUUUAACAGCGCGUCUGCUGCUGCUCCUGGUGGCGUUGUUGAUGCUCUUUUUUCUUUCAACCCCGGCAGAAGCUCGUCUGUUUGCCAACUCCAAUAACGAUGACUUGUACGCGCGCCUUGGUGUUGGUCGGGGAGCGACAAAGGACGAAAUUAAAAAGGCCUUUCGUAAGAUCACUCGCGAGCAUCACCCGGACAUGCAGGAGACGCAAGAGGCAAAGGAGGCAGCCAAAGAGUACAUGGUGAAGGUGCUGCAGGCGUACAAGGUGUUGUCUGACGACAUUCAGCGACAGGACUAUGACGCUUUUGGAAAAAUCCCCGGAGAGGCCUUCGACUCCGCGUCAUUUACGGCGCAGGAAAUAUUUGAAUACUUUCAUCAGCAGUCGCCCAUUCUCUCCAAGACCCACCAGCUGGAAUCGCUAUCGGUGUUGCAGCGGAUACUAAACUUCCGUGGAAAUCGGCUUUUUCUCCUGCAGGUGUACGAUGACAGCUGCAAAUCCUGCCGCUGGUUUGCCUCCACCUGGGAGGGAUUGACGCAGUCGAGUCUUGUUGAAGGUCUCGUCGUGGAGAUGUUCCGCAUUGACGCCUACUCCAUGGAAGGCCCACAGCUGCUAGAAGCACUUGGCAUCUCAUACAAAGGCGAGAUUGGGAUAUACGCCAUUAUUGAUGGGAAGAAAUGGGCAAUGCCCCAUCUAAAAACUGUAGUGAGCUCGCGGAGUGGGCGUAACGCCUUCACAUCGCUCUUGGACUUUGUCAUGAGUUUCUUUUACGAUAAAUACAUUGAAAUAAAUUCUCUGAAGGUGGGAAAUAAUAAUACGCAGGAUAUCCUGGAGUGGCUGCAAGAGGAACGUGGUAGCGCGGAUGCCGUUCGCGUUCUUUUGCCGCCGCUGACCGUGGAGUCCAUUGCUCUCACCCUGUCGUAUAAAUAUGAGGGUGUGGCCGUGGUUCGCUCCGUGUCGCGGGAAGCACUUAUUGAUUUUGUGGAGAACCACUGCGAGCAGACGGUAGAGAUGCGUGGUCGUGACGGUGAGGUGAUACCGACGCCGGAAUUCAUUGUGGUAUCCUUGCAGCAACUUACCCGCGUUGCUGAAAUGACAUCCAAAUCAAUUGGAGAGUCAAAAGUCGUAAUGAACUGCAGCAGAAUCAACGUUGGCGUCAGUGCCACUCUCUCCUAUCGCAAAGCUGAGUCUUUUUUGAGCGAUGCAUUGCCCCAACGGCACCCAGGAAUGGCAAACAUGAAAUACGUGACUGGAAUGUCUCUCUACGAACUGUGUCGACGGCAUUGUUUGUUGUGGUUGCGUGAGAGCUGCGUGAAGCCGCCAAGUGACAAUUGGAAGAACGCCCUACAGGGAAAUUACAAGCCGUUUUCGGUGGGUUAUUUGUGCCUGGAUAGUGAGGCUGGACUGCGGGAGGCCCUAGCAACAUCGACACCCGACACGCUUGUAGCCAUUGUGGAUGGCGAUGAGUACAAUCUUCAUUUUCUUCUCCCUGAACCUGAGCCGAGCCAAAUUGCGAGGGCGCUCUCGAACCUGUUGUCAGAAGAACAAGAGACUACCCCACUUCGCCUCACAACACCCUUGUCGCUUCUGAUGACAUCCAAGCCGUUUCAUUUGUCGUAUAUGCAGUACUUUUACAUCAAUUCCCGAUGGAUCUACAGCCUUAUUUACCCAUUUUUUUCUAACUCUUAUCCGUUUUUGAUGAUGUUCAUUAUGCACAAACUCCUCAACCGGUUCAAUCUUUUGGGCAACAACAACAACAACAACAACAGCAGCAGCAGCAGCAACAGCAAUAGUACCACCCGCAACGGAGGAGCCACGGCUUCCACCACAAGCACUGCAACCGCCAAUAACGGUGGAAACAGACACGGUAGUGCAACCAAUAGCAGGACAAAUAAGAAGGAAGUUUCUCUCUUAACCGCGGCAGACUUGGAGGCGGCAAAGGAUGCGAAGGGAUUUCUUCUUCUCUUUUUCCAAAAUGGCAAAGAGGAGAUGCCGGCCCUUCCUCCCAUUACGGAAGACUCACGAUUCACAGUACGUCUUGUCUCGCCAACAGACCCACGUUGGGACUCGUGGCUUUCCGAGCAAAAACCGCAGGGAGAAGAAACCUCCAAGGGCGAAGGCUCAUCAACAGAAGCCAAGGAACCAACGGUUGUCGCCAUAAGACAAGGAAAGAUGAAGGCAACAGUAAAGCCCCCCAACGCGGCGAUGGAUUCAUGGUUGUGCGAUCUUCUUGAUGGAACCAUCACGGCAACGGCACCCCUUCCAUAA